GGUGUGAACCGAGCGGCCUCGCCUCACCGCCUAGCGCCCCCCUCAGCCGCCGCCGUCGCCGCCGCCUCCGCCCGCUGGCCAUGUCCCCUGGCCGCCGCCGCCGCCGCCCAAGCUCGGCGCUCCCGCGGCCCAGCGCGCAGUGAGCGCGGGGCCCACUUGCAGUUCACCCGCCCCGGGGCCCCCUUGUUCUCAGCGCCGCCGCCAUGUUGGGUUUAGAGCCGCAGCGGAGCCGCCGCCGCCGCCGCCGGUGAGGGAGGCCGAGAGCGGAACCCGCCCCGCCCCGGGGCCCAGGGAGCGGGGCCGCCUCGGAGCCCGGCCUCUCCCUGCCAGUCGCCUUCCCGGCCCGCCCGUCGUGCGAGCGAGGGAACGAGCGCCCGGGCCGCGGCCGCGCCUUCCACUCCCGGCCCGUGCGAGCCCGCCGCCCAUUCGUUCCUCCGCCGCCGCCGGGCCCGGCUAGAGCCUGCAGCGAAAUCCUUGAGAGUCAUCGCCAUGGCGGAGCAGACCUACUCGUGGGCCUAUUCCCUGGUGGAUUCCAGUCAAGUGUCUACAUUUCUGAUUUCCAUUCUACUUAUAGUCUAUGGUAGUUUCAGGUCCCUUAAUAUGGACUUUGAAAAUCAAGAUAAGGAGAAAGACAAUAACAGUUCUUCUGGGUCUUUUAAUGGCAACAGCACCAAUAAUAGCAUCCAGACUAUUGACUCCACCCAGGCCCUGUUCCUGCCAAUUGGAGCAUCUGUCUCUCUCCUAGUCAUGUUCUUCUUCUUUGACUCAGUUCAAGUAGUUUUUACAAUAUGUACAGCAGUUCUUGCAACAAUAGCUUUUGCUUUUCUUCUUCUCCCGAUGUGCCAGUAUUUAACGAGACCCUGUUCACCUCAGAACAAGAUUUCUUUCGGUUGCUGUGGGCGUUUCACUGCUGCUGAGCUGCUAUCCUUCUCUCUGUCUGUCAUGCUCGUCCUCAUCUGGGUUCUCACUGGCCAUUGGCUUCUCAUGGAUGCUCUGGCCAUGGGUCUCUGUGUCGCCAUGAUCGCCUUCGUCCGCCUGCCCAGCCUCAAGGUCUCCUGCUUGCUUCUCUCAGGGCUUCUAAUCUACGAUGUCUUUUGGGUGUUUUUUUCUGCCUACAUCUUCAACAGCAACGUGAUGGUGAAGGUGGCCACGCAGCCGGCUGACAAUCCCCUUGAUGUUCUUUCCCGAAAACUCCACCUGGGGCCCAAUGUUGGGCGUGAUGUUCCUCGCCUGUCUCUGCCUGGAAAGCUGGUCUUCCCAAGCUCCACUGGCAGUCACUUCUCUAUGUUGGGCAUUGGAGACAUUGUGAUGCCCGGACUCCUGUUGUGCUUUGUCCUUCGUUAUGACAACUACAAAAAACAAGCCAAUGGUGACUCCUGUGGUGCCUCUGGACCUGCCAACAUCUCUGGACGCAUGCAGAAGGUCUCCUACUUCCACUGCACCCUCAUUGGAUACUUCGUAGGUCUCCUCACUGCUACCGUGGCAUCUCGCAUUCACCGAGCAGCCCAGCCUGCCCUUCUCUAUUUGGUGCCAUUUACCUUAUUGCCACUCCUCACGAUGGCCUAUUUAAAGGGUGACCUACGGCGGAUGUGGUCUGAGCCAUUCCACUCCAAGUCCAGCAGCUCCCGAUUCCUGGAAGUAUGAUGGAUCACAGAGAGUGACCAGAAUGGCCAUCUUAGUCCUUUUCUGUCAACGAGUGGUUUUGUUUCAUCUUAGAGUUGGCCUGGUACAUGGAGAUGUACCUGUUUAAGGAACUGACGUGUGACUGGAUUUUGCAUUUGCAGGGAGUUUGUUUGCAGGAGCGAGGUGCUGGAACCGAGCUUGGUUCCUUCUCUUCCUGCCGUUGUAGAGGUGGAGCCCCUCCUGAAGUGGCAGGCCCUCCCCAGCGCUCCUUCCUCCCCUGUUUUUACGGAUCUGCACCAGACUGUUACCUGUGGGGGAUGGAGAGGUGACUGUUUCAAACUGACAACGGCAAGGAGUUGUUCUAUACCUUUUGAACACUAAAAGGGUGAAAAAUGUUAGCAAAUCGAAGUUCCUUCAGUGAACCCUCAAGAACUUUGGGACCAGUUUCCUAUGGAGGACUCAGUUUCAGAGAACUGAGACAGAAGCUCUUCUGUCGUUAUAUCCUUCUUUCCUUUUUUUGGAUUUAUUAAAUAUUUUCUGUGGUGUGAAGUGACUUAUUCAAUCCACAGACAUUGAGUGACUGCUUACAACAUACACAUAAGAAUUGUUGUUCAUGUCCACCCAGAUGUUGUGUUGGCAGUGAAUGAGGGCACGGUUUUUAUACAUACACACACGCACAUAGAUCUAUAUGAAUAAACAGAAAUUAAAACCCGCUAAGAUCAUGCCGUGUAGCAGACAGGGCCUUGCUGUAAUUGUUAGCAUGUAGAGCCGUUGACUCUGGCUUUCUUGUAUAUGGAUAAGCUGCUGUCCUUCCCUCCACAACUGAACGUGCAGUUAAAAACCAGUAUAGUAUUUGUACUGAUAUACUCAUGGACUUUAGGACAUUUGGUUUUGAUCAGCGUAGCCAAUUAGGGAUGAAAAGGUAAACCUUUUUGGCCCUUUUUUUGUUUUCACAGGCUUCUCCCUUGCAGGGCUUUUAGUAUUUUCUUCUUGAAUCAAUGCAUGUAUUAUAGCAGCAGGUGUCUUUGUGCUUUCUGAUCAUAGUAAUGUACUACUUGUAAAUACAUUUUUCUAUUUUCUAUUGUUUUGUAUUUUUUUUUUGGCAUUUUGUUUCAUUGGUGUGCUGUAUUUUCCAUGCCCUCACUCCUUUAAGAAAAAAAAAGGAAAAAACAACACAAUUUUGUCCUUGCUGUUGUGAUUAUAGUCUUGGUUUACCUGUGGUGACAACUGGGUAUUGGGGACAUAUGUCACGUGCCUCUUUGAGAUGCGCCCUACGUUCCAGGAAUUGUAGAAAGAGCAAGCUGCUCUGUCCCCUUGGAAUCUGACCAUGUUGUGGUCUUGGCUGGAGAGCCAGCUUUCUGGUGGUUACUAGUGGGAGUGUGUCCACUUGCCUUUGUCCAAGCUGCCCCAGCCUGGUAAGAAAUCGCCCAUUGUUCCGAGGCAGAGAGAAGCCUGGAACUGGCCUGCAUUCCUGACAGCAGAGGUUGGAGAAGGGCCCGUGUCCUGGUUUCUCCCAUCUGCAGGUGACCUGCCUCUGGCUUGACCUGUGUAAUGAACUGGAGUGCUGUGGUUCCCGUUGCUUGAAGGCACAGUGGAUAGAGCUCACAGGCGGUGCACGUCAGUUGUCCUCGCGUUGUCGGGAGUGUGAAGCGGUCAGGAUGGUGCAUUCCUCUGUUGUGUCUUCGAAUCCUGCUGAGGGCUGUUUUGUUUUUUGUUGUUUUGUUGUUUUUUUAAUAAAUGACUGCUUUGUA